AUGGUUGGCAAGAAGUCUGGGAAGGCGCUCCUGCGAGAUGAGGGUCUCGAAAGGACGGAUAACAAUAUGGAUCUCUCCAGCUGGCCUGUGAUCCCCGCAAUCAACCAGAAAAACUACUACACUGACUAUCUCAAGCGCGACGAUCAGUACCUGGCGUUCAGACUACAAAAUGAAGAAAACCGGAAUCGGAUGGCCAAAAAGGCCAAAGACCGCGAUCGCGCUAUGGCGAUGGAAAAGACGAAUGACCUAGGGAUCCCAGAGCCGGAGGCAGACAUGGACGGUGAUACGAAUAUGGACGACGCCGAGGCAGCCGCUACGGAAGCGAUAGGGUCGAAGGUCGUCGUUAUCCAUGUCGGUAGCCAGAACUUGCGCAUUGGUUUAUCUAGCGAUGCACUGCCCAAAACUCUUCCUAUGGUGAUAGCGCGAAAGUCAACAACCAACGAGUCCGAAGACCAAGAGGAGCAUCGCCCGAAGAGGUUGAAGCUGGAUGAUGGCUCGGAGAUGGAGCCGGAGAAGAAAUUCGGCUCAGAGUUCUCAUCGCAAUACACAACUAUGAUGGCCGAUCUCAAGACGCACAUGCGACAGAACAAGCGCCGGACUUUGCCGAACUCCAAGGAAAUGGUGGUCAACUACAAUCGUCGAACCGUGCCGGAGACCAUCUCAGAGCACAAUGAUCCGAUGCGAGUUGAAUGGACCGAAAUUCCAGACCAUGCACCUGAGUACAUUGUGGGACAACCGGCUUUACGGAUACCGGACGAGUCAAACCCCCGUUAUAAACUUUACUGGCCGAUGAAGUAUGGUUGGUGUAACGAGCAGGACUAUGAUAACAAGAGACUUUUGUUCCUGGAUAUUUCGAUCAUUCUGGAGGAUGCAAUCAAGACCCAGUUAGGACUCACAAGCAAGAAGGAUUGGCCACAAUACUCUUGCGUAUUUGUUAUCCCGGACCUCUUCGACAAGGCAUAUGUCACCCAAAUUCUUGAGAUGCUCAUGAGGGAGUUCUCGUUCGCUCGGGUGUGCUUCAUACAGGAAAGCUUGGCGGCUACCUUUGGCGCUGGGUUCACAUCGGCCUGUGUCGUCGAUAUCGGCGCGCAAAAGACGUCAAUAUGCUGCGUGGAGGAAGGCAUGUGCGUGGAAAACUCGCGAGUAAACCUGAAAUACGGUGGAGCCGAUGUGACUGAGCUGUUUAUCAAGAUGAUGCUUUACGAUCACUUCCCGUAUGAAGAGAUCAACCUCUGGCGCAGGUAUGACUUUCUGCUGGCAGAAGAGUUGAAGAAGAACGUAUGCACAAUGAACGAGGCCAGUGUUUCAGUACAAGUUUUCGAUUUCCAUCUUCGUGUCGCUGGUCAAGACACUCGCAAGUACACGUUUAAGGCAUACGAUGAGGUGCAUCUCGCCCCAAUGGGUGUCUUUCAGCCGUCGUUGUUCGACAACUCGAUGAAGCUGAAUGGACGGAGAAAGCUGAUUGCUCGUUCUGUGGACAUCUACGACGGCCAACCGAAUGACCCAACAUCUGCCGCCCAGUCCGAGAUUCUAACAGCACUUGCUCCCGCGACCUCUGGCAACCAAGUCAAUGGCGAAGCGCAGACGAGCAUUCCAGAUGUACAAGCAACUCCUAGCCGCUCGCAACAGGUGAAUGCCCUGAGCCGUGUGCAGGAACAUGAGGCCACUCCUCGCUCGUCCGUUGCUGGCUCUCCUGGACCCGAGGGCACUCCGCAAGCUGGAGGCGCCCUCACUCCUGCACCCGGCGGACAGAGUCAGAACACAUCUCAACCCCGCGCGCCCACUGUUGAGGAACGGGAUGAUAUCCUUCCGUCGUUCCCGUUGGACAAGGCAAUCCUCACGUCGAUCAUGCAUGCUGCUCGAUCCGAUGAGCGCAAGAUGCGAGACUUCCUUGGAGGCAUCAUGGUAGUCGGUGGAGGCAGUCUGGUCAGCAAUUUCCAUCUGUUCCUGGAGGAACGCCUUCAGCUUCUUCAACCGGGCUUCGCCAAGGAGAUCAUGAUCGGCACGCCUCCUAGAGACCUUGAUCCACAAGUAGUUGUAUGGAAGGGCGCCAGUGUCUUCGGGAAGCUCAGUGGGACGAACGAUAGCUGGAUCAGCCAGCUAGAAUACGAUCGUCUUGGUCACCGUCUGCUGGCGUACAAGCGGUCAAACACUGCAGAAUGGCUCCUCUCACCCCCGCACUUUGCACUUGACUCGGUCAAACCUGCCGCUAAAACUACGGACGAGACUGUUAUACGGGACUUAGAAAUCCCUCCAAUUGACCUUCCAGCUCAGAUUUGCACUCCGCCUUGCUCCCAAACUCAACAGGUCGCUCCAAAAACCGACGCCGAAGACUGCGAAACCGAUAUGUCGAAGUCAAAGGACGGCGGCUCCUCUGGGGGCUUCCACCAGGAAUACAUAGCUUCUUUGCGCUACCGAAAUGACCUUCCUCCUCCUGAUAUGCCUCCAAAGUUCCUUGACAUCCCGCAUGAUGGCCUUGAGAGAUUCCUCACCCCUGGCUUUGCCUCUAACUUGGGGCGGCGCGAAGAGCUGAACAUCGACGUUGAUGCCGAAGGUGGUAUGCCAAUUGACUUAGUUGGUAUCCCAGGAUUGCAUUUAGGCGAUGAGAGUGCGAUAAUGGCGCCGGAAAACCCUGACCCAAUUGACCCCGCUGACCUACCGCUUCUUCUGACCCUCGAUCAAUUGAGAAAUCCGGCACCCAAAAACGCCAAUGUCAGUUUCCUGCGUCGCACUCAGUAUAUUUCCGCCGGCAUUCGCGCCCCCGAUGGUCCUAAGGUCAAUACACCUAUUCGCCCUAAACGCCUCGAUAAGAAGUCUCAGGAUGACCCUACAUAUAUCAAGAAAUACAUUAUGAAGGGAUUCGACAUUGCCUACCCGGACAGUAAACAUGUGGGCGAGGAUACGUCAAGCCAGAUCAAAGGACAUGCUCCGACGAAGCUUGAGGUGGACGCAUGGGCUCAGCCUGUGCAUCCCGAUAACCCAAAGCUAAAGCCCGUCGGUUACUACCCGCUUGUACCAGACCUACAAGGAUUUCCGGACCCUGGUGGGUUUGUGCAGUUCAAGUUCGAUAAAGCGCCCGUGCAAAGUCCCGGAGGCAAACGAGACGAGCGCAUGGACGUUGCGUUGUUACAACCGUCCGACCCAGAGGAGCGCAUUAUGCAGGAGUACGGCACGAAGAAAGCCUUGCAUAGGUCCAAUCCCAACCUGUACCCUGACCCUGGACCUGUUCCGUAUGAUUACAAUCUAUUCCUACCUGAGAAGAAGGACAAGGAGUCCGUGAAACGCAUCCGAGCAAACCUCCAAUUAUCAAAUCCCGACCGCGACGAUGAAAGCCUCUACACCCACGAGGGUGCCGACAAUACGAAGUUCCAUCGCUAUGACCGCCAACGGACCUACGCCACCAACUCCCAGACUCUCGGGAACGCCCAGAAACAGAUAGAUAUCGCACUAACACUCUACGACCCCGCGGAAGCAAAGAGCGGCGGGGCUCCACAGGCCCAGAAAGCUGCUUAUUACUACUCGAUUAUCUCGAAGACGCGCCUGAAGCCCGAGCGGUCACGAACUAUCGCCCAAGCGGGUCUCGCCCCUACGCAGCCCACGUCCAAGGAAGAUCAGGUUCACCAGAUGCAAGUCGUGGCUUGCGACCCGGAUGAGGCUGAGGCCUACAAACGCUCCACUUACCGCGGCCUCAUCGACCCCAAGUUCGCUAAGACGAUGCCUCCUCCCCCUGAGCCAGCUGAAGAGCCUGAGUCUCAGGAAGUCGACGAGGCGAACACCGGUUCACAACCCCAAGUAGACGAGGACGAUGAUGCGGAUAGAAUGAGCGACGAGUAA